AUGCAAUCAACAAUGAUGAUGCCGAGAAAGACUUGGAAACUCGCAUCUGCCAGAACGCCAUUGUCAUGGAAUGCAAUCACAUCUUCACUCAAAACAUUCUCCACCGCGUCAGGGACAGCCAGUCUGGAGAAGCCUCGGUCCCUGCCCACAAGCGGGUACCCUACGAUCCCGACCGAGACUCUAGUCGAAGAGGAGGAAAUACCCGAUUAUCGAGCUGACCAAUUUUAUCCUGUUCAACUGGGCGAACUUUUUCAAGGCCGCUAUCAAUGCGUCGCAAAGCUUGGCUUCGGCUCUUCUUCAACCACCUGGCUGGCCCGGGACUUGAGGGAUCGACGAUAUGUUGCGCUUAAGGUUUAUGUACACACCUCACUCCAUCAUCGAGAGCUGCCGGCAUACGACCGUAUAAACAGUCGCAUGGCCGACAACUCCUAUCAAGGACUAGGAAGAGAUAACAUUCGAAAAUUAAUGGAGUCUUUCGAAGUUACUGGUCCACAUGGCAAGCACGUUGUCCUCGUCUUUGAGCCCGCGCAAAUGAGCCUUCGUGAUAUGAAGGUGGUUUUCCGGCGCGAGGGCUUCGAGGAGCAUUUUGUCAAGGGCGCCAUUAUUGAACUUCUUAAAGCCCUUGACUUUUUGCACUCACACGGAGAAAUUGUCCACACUGAUGUACACUCCGGCAACAUGCUCCUUGGUCUUUAUGACAAUGAUCUUUUACGCAGACUAGAGGAGAAGGAAAUCACAUCACCGGUUACUCGCAAGACAUAUCCCGACCGCACGAUCUAUCUCUCACGUUUAGUGCUACCGAAAGAAGGGCCCAUGCUUCUCUCUGACUUUGGUGAAGCGAGAAUCGGACCAGGCCCCCACGCAGGUGAUAUAAUGCCGUUGGAGUACCGAGCACCUGAAACACUACUUUAUAUAGGAUGGAGCUACCCGGUUGAUAUUUGGAGUGUUGGUCUUACAGCGUGGGAUCUCCUCGGAACGAAACGACUCUUUACCGCACGCGAUGAUGACGGUGAUCUAUACGAUGCUGCUCAUCUGGCUCAGUUUAUUGCCGCACUGGGUCCGCCACCCGCCGAGUUUCUAGCUAGGAACCCAGAGAGGCGGGCGGACUUUUGGGAUGAGAACGGUGAGUGGCUUGGCCUCGCACCUAUUCCUCACGACCGGACUAUAGAGUCCCUUGAAACCAAAUUAGAUGAUAAUGCCGGCUUCCUUCGUUUUCUCCGGAAGACUCUUACAUGGCUACCCGAGGAAAGGGCGACCGCAAAAGAGCUUCUGCAGGAUCCUUGGCUAAUAGGAUAA